GAGUGUCCGCUCUUGAAUCCUUUCUCUAUGCUGUGGCGGUUGUAGUGGUUCGUAACUCUGUUUGUAGCCGCUGCCAUUGAAGCAUUGUAUCGUUCUUUAUUCUAUGAUUGUAUCAAGGAACUGGCAGUAGUCUGUAGUUGUGCGUGUGUUCUGUGGACACUGUACUACAGUGGCUAGAAUAUUCUAGCCACUGUAACUGUACUCUGCGUCUGCCCCGGGGACAGUGGUCGCGCCGCCCUUGCGCUUGCAUGCGGAAAAUGAGGGGUCGGAAUUGAGCGCGUCGCGUUUGCAUCGUCCGGUGCGUUCUGGGCAGUCAUUAGAGCUUGAACGCUUACAUAACAUCCCUUGUUUCAGCUGAGCCAAUGUGAAGUCCCUAGCUUCGCAAAGCUUAUGUGCUUUUUGACUGCAUUGCACUGCUUACGUCGCUAUAGGUGAAGAAAAAAAAAAGCAAUCGGAAAUUUUAACAGCUAUGAACGAAAGCGGCCCGCGGGAUGUCGGCGGCGGUGAGAAAGGAAAAGACCAACUGGUCGAAAACGGCAAGAACAAAGUGCCUAUCGAGUGCAAGUAUUGUUCGUCGCGGAUACUCAACGUUGGCGUGUGCGAGUUGGUCAGUGCACAGUACGACCUUCCAACGGUGGAUGGGGACAGCAAGAUGGUCGAGAAGCUAACAGACUUUUGGUGUGUUAAUGACAUCUACACCUUUGAAAACAUUGGAUUCACCAACACUGUUGGUCAAACAAAAUACCUGGCCUGUGCCGACUGUGAACGGGGCCCUGUAGGCUGGCACAGCCUGGAGACAAGGAAAUCAUUCGUGGCACUUUCAAGAGUGCGCCAUCUGUAAAGUCCUUGUUGAACAUCAAAGCCUCAGUUUGGUACAUUUGUAGACAGAGUGCCUUUGUGACAGUGUGCAUUGUGCCCGAUUUCAUUAGCCUGUGAUGGUAAUACUCAGUCGCAGGUUGCUGCCUACCAAAGACAGCUUGUCAUUUUGAAUCAUUCCCAUUCAUUAACCAGGAUAGCGCUGCUUACAAAAAGAAACGUCUGGUUACAAGGACAUCAUUUUGUCCUCUGUAACUGCAGAUCAUACAGCGACAUGGCUUUGUGUAAGCAAUGUUUUGCCAUUUUGUUUGGCAAACAGCUCACAUUGAUAAUUGAAAACUAUUUUAUGCAGUGAUGCAGUGUGCUGCUGCUAAUUGGAGAAAAUAGCAAAGUUUUUUUUUAAUAAUACAUAUUGCAGACAUAGUAGGCUAACUUAACAGACAGUAUAUAAUUCUUUAUUGUAUGCUAGACAUUGUUCCCAUAAAAUUGCAGUUUUUGUUUGGAGCUUGUGGAUUUUUUCGUGUUUUGCCAUGCUAAAGAAAUUUUUCCCUUGUCAUUUACAUUGGGUGCACAAAGUGUACAAUGAAACAAUAAUGUGUGUAUGUACCUCAACCUUUUGAUGAUAGUGAUAUAUUGAGCAAUACAUAAUAAAGCUUUGUUACAGAAUAUA